UCCACCUUUCACUUUAUUUAAUUUUUCCUUUAAAAUUUCGCGAUUUUCGCUUCAUGACUCCGCUCGAUCUUCCGGCGAAAACAGAAUAAACUCACCACACUCACUGACAGAUAGAGAAACAUUUCAACCUUUGUUCUUUCUCUCUCCAGAAUUCAUUGAAAUGAAGUCAUCCUUGGGCAAGCUGAAGAAAUUCGCAUUGCACAAGAACGAUCCCAAGGACAAAAAAGAUCUUCAGAUUCUGUCUCACUCUGAUGGCCUCGCCCAAGCUUCCCAGGAUAUGAAAGACAUGAGGAACUGCUAUGAUAGCUUACUUUCUGCAGCAGCUGCAGCAGCAAAUAGUGCCUAUGAGUUUUCUGAGUCAUUAAUGGAAAUGGGGAACUGCCUACUGGAGAAGAUUGCAUUACAUGGUGAUUUAGAAAGUCGUAGAGCAUUCUCAGUGCUUGGAAGAGCGCAGCUGGAACUGCAGAAACUUGUUGAUGGCUAUCGUUCACAUAUUAUACUAACCAUCACUAAUCCAUCAGAGUCCCUUCUAAGUGAGCUUCGGAAAGUGGAGGAGAUGAAACUACAAUGUGAUGAGAAAAGGGAGGUGUAUGAGUACCUGAUAACAAGGGGUAAAAGUGGAAAGGGAGAGAAUUUUACUUCACAGAAAUUGCAGGCUGCUCGUGAAGAAUAUGAUGAAAUGGCAAGACUCUGCAUCUUUCGUGUGGAAUCUCUGAAACAAGGGCAAUGCCGCAGUCUUUUAACCCAAGCAGCCCGUCAUCAUGCAGCACAGUUAAACUUCUUCCAGAAGGGACUCAAAUUUCUUGAAGCUGUUGAUCCGCAAGUAAAGAUGGUUGCUGAUAAGCAACACAUAGAUUACCAAGUCAGUGGACUAGAUGAUGCGGAUGAUAAUGCAAGGAAGAGAUAUGAUGCCAAUGAUGAAGGAGAACUAAGCUUUGACUAUCGAAAACAUAAGCAGGACCUAAAUGAUGCUUGCAGCUUGAGGAACUCAACAGAGUUGGAUCAUGCUGCUCCGAGUACACAAACUUCAGGAAUGGAAGAUAUUGAGAUAAACAUUGGCAAAAACCCAGAUCAUAUUUUUAGUCGACAACCUCGGGUUACCAGCCAUUCUGCUCCAAUUUUUCCCGAGAAGAUGGAUAUAACUGAUAGGAUUAAAGAAGCUCAGGCAUCUGCACAAAAAUUUCAUACAUAUGUGCUACCAACUCCAACCGAUGCAAAAAGCUUAACUGCAAGGAUAAGUGGCUCCUUCCUCCAUUCAAGUGUUACAAACCUUACUGCGAGUACCAACACCUUGUGGCAUUCAUCCCCGCUUGACACUGAUGAUUAUGGCAAAUUCAAUAGUAAUUUGUCAAUACGUGGUGUUUCUUCAAAAGCUCAAUCCAUAUUCAAAGACAGCAACAGUAACAAUCUCUCCAUGCCUCUACCCCCUCCUUCGAUAGAGGGAACUUCUCUUCCACAAUGUGAGACACAAAAUGCAUUUGAUGUUAAGAAGACAAAGAGACAUUCUUUUUCUGGUCCAUUAGCAAGUAAACCAUCAUCUAGCAAGCCUUUGUUGUCUGCCAGUGGUCCUAUUGGCUCUGCUGAAAAGAUGCAACCAGAAUCUGGAUCUAUCUAUGGAGGACCAAUGGUCCAACCACCUUCAACUAUAGAUGUCUCCCACAGUGCCUCACCACCCCUCAUAUCUUCACCCAAAAUAAGUGAGCUUCAUGAGCUCCCUCGCCCCCCUGGCUCUUUAGCUUCCAAGCCAGGAACUACUGCUCUGAUUGGACACUCUGUCCCCUUGGUUGAUCGGAAUCAAGAAGUGUCUCCAUCAAAUCGUAGCCCUUUGCAGGUAUCAAAUUCAGGUUCUGCACUCCCACCUCCACCACUAACGGUUCCUCGUAGUUUCUCCAUACCCUCCAGCAAUCAGAGGGCAAUGGCAUUACAUGUGUCCAAACUGUUGGAAUCUCCUCAAAUGAAAGACAAUGCUGAAAUUGUAUCAUCUCCUCCACUAUCACCUCUUUCUCUAUCAAACCUAUCAACUCUUUCAGGAGUAGCUUCCAGUUCUGGACAGAUUAGAGUGGAUGCAGGUGGGAGGUGAUUCUGGCAGUCAGCGUACGUCCUGGGUCCCCCUGAAGGGUUCAGACCUCCUGCGGUUCUUCACAGGCUAGAGUCUGUUUACACUGAGGUUAUAUUGGUAAAGACCUGUAAAUAGAAUAAUUGAUUGAUGUAAUUGUUGGAAUUUUUCCGCAAUGAUUUCCACCAAGUAUUAUCCUUGCAACAAACAGUUUUGACCGUUGGUGUAGUUUAAAAAGAAUUGAGCAUCAAAGGGGUGUGUGUGUGAUCAUACUCUGUCUGAUGCAACUCUAAUCUGCUCCAGUUGGUAAAAUAUGGACCCUGUAUCCAAUGGCUCGCAAAUUCAGUUACCCAACCCAUUUCUGUGUCUGGCGAGCAUGUAUUUGGUUGGGGGAUCAGGAUCAGGAUCAGGCAGGAGUUUUGUUUGUGGAUUUGGUGAAAUGGAUGGAUGUCAUCUAAAAUCUUUAAUCAA